CGACUCGAUCGACAAAUAAAAAUCACCAAAACGUCUAACUGUCGAACUCCGCCUACUUUUCAUAUUCCGCCGGUCAGUGACCAAUCUACGUGUAAUGCAGUUGAGCGUUUGGGCACGCUCUUGUGUUGUGUGCAAUAAUUAAUGGAAGUGUUUAUAUUAUUUUUAUUGCAUUAAAGGAUACCAGGAUUGGAUAGGUUUACAAAAUGUUUAAAUUUAUAAAGGCCAAAGGGCCCCAUCAAUCUGCAGAGAGACAAAAAUUACAAAAGGAACUUUUCUCUUAUAGAAGGACACUUCAACAUGGCUUCCCUCACAAACCCACAGCUUUAGCUUGGGACCCAUCAUUGAGAUUAAUAUGUAUAGGCACGGCGACGGGCGCAAUCAAAGUAUUUGGUCUACCAGGAGUCGAAUUCUACGGCCAACAUCAAAAUCCUAUACCCGUGACGAAAGUUGUCUUCCUGCCAAACCAAGGUAGAGUUGUAUCCCUAUGUGACGACAACUCACUCCACCUAUGGGAGGUAAACAAGAGCUCAUUAGUAGAAGUAAAAUCGCAAGCUUUAGAAGGAAAAUUGAAAAAGAUUUCAACGAUGUGCUUGGAAUCUGCCGGCAAACAUUUGUUGCUUGGUACAGAAGGCGGCAACAUUUACUUGUUGGAUUUAAAUACAUUCACUAUGACUCCGGAUAUCAUUUAUCAAGAUGUAGUCAUGCAGAACGUUCCUCAAGAUUACAAACUGAAUCCAGGAGCCGUUGAAUCUAUUUUUGAACAACCAAAUCAGCCCAAUAACAUCCUAGUAGGUUACAAUAGAGGUCUUAUAGUUCUUUGGAAUAGAGUUGAUAAUAGUGCUGUUAAAACCUUUAUUGCUAAUCAGCAGUUAGAAGCGCUGUGUUGGAAAGAAGAUGGAAGGAAUUUUCUUAGUGCCCAUAAUGACGGUAGCUAUAUGGAAUGGAACAUCGAUCAAUCAGAGAAGCCUGUAGGCGAACCAAUCACGACGUACGGUCCUUACGCCUGCAAAUCCAUUCCGAAAAUUUUAACGAGGAAAUUAGGCGACGAGCAGCUUUUAGUGUUCGCUGGGGGUUUACCGAGAUCCUAUAGUGACAAGUACACCGUUUCUGUUGCGCACGGCGAUAAACACGUCGCUUUUGAUUUUACCAGCAAAGUUAUCGAUUUUAUUUUAAUAGAAUCUAGAAGUCACGAGGAAAACGGAACGGACAACAAUGACAGCGUUGAAAACAAUGCAGCUAGCAAAGGAGAACCGGAAACUUUGAUAGUUUUAGCCGAAGAGGAAUUGGUAGCUAUAGAUUUAAAAGACGAAACUUGGAGAAUGAUGAAUUUGCCUUACUUGGCUUCGCUACAUGCAUCAUCAGUCACUUGCAGUCAAUAUGUAUCAGGAGUACCGGAAGAGUUGUGGGAGCAUCUAAAAGACGCGGGGAAGGUACAAACCAGCCAUCUGUUUUCAUGCCGGGCGUGGCCAAUCGACGGUGGUGGUCUUCUUUGUUCAAAAGGGGCUCUUCCGAAGCGGGAACUACUCCUUACAGGUCACGAAGAUGGCACUAUUAAAUUUUGGGAUGCCGGUGGUGUAACCUUAACCUUGAUCUACAAAUUUAGUACUGCCCAGUUUUUUUCGGGAGAAGAUUUGGAAGAAGUUCAUCCCGACCCUGAAGACUUAGAAGACGAAUGGCCACCUUUCAGAAAAAUCGGUAUAUUCGAUCCGUACUCGGAUGAUCCUCGAUUGGCGGUUAAAAAAAUUACUCUGUGUCCUUUAUCUGGUACAUUAGUUGUGAGCGGUACUGCAGGUCAAACUAUCAUAGCGAAAUUCGACACGGAAGUACUGGAAGGACCGCUAAAAGUAUCUUCGAUGAAUAUCGUAAGCGAUAGAGACGGAUUCGUUUGGAAAGGACAUGCGCAAUUGUCUCCUAAACAAGGAACUAUCGCACAACCUAGAGGUUUCCAGGCAAAUGCGGUUCUUCAGGUACAUCCUCCAGCAGCGAUAACUUGCUGCGUCCUCCAAGCCGAUUGGGGUUUAGUCGCCGUUGGUACAGCUCAUGGGCUCGCUCUACUCGAUUAUAUCAAAAAUAAACCAAUUUUGGUCAAAUGUACACUUAAUCCAAAUGAUCUCACAGGGUCCGGCGAUACUCCAAUUUCCCGCCGAAAGUCCUUCAAAAAAUCCUUAAGGGAAUCGUUCAGACGUCUGAGGAAGGGUCGUUCGCAGCGUCGAAACGCCAAUAAAGACGAAGCCAAGCAAACUGUUACUUCGCCUCCUGCCAGAAAAACGACGACUGCAACUACGGAAGAGAAUUUUAAUCCAUUGGAAGCGAAACCCGUGGAAAGGCAAAUAGAAGCGAGACCGGCAGACGAUUCCAUGGGAUCGUUUGUGAGGUGUUUAUAUUUUGCCAGAACGUUUUUAGUCAGUGUACAAAAUACAAAUCCGACACUUUGGGCAGCUACGAACAGCGGUACCGUGUACGCCUUCACAAUAACAGUCCCGUCUUCCUCGAAACGAGAAACCGACGACGUCACCUGCCAGCUAGCCAAAGAGAUCCAAUUGAAACACAGGGCGCCGGUGAUAGGCAUCGCGGUAUUGGACGGAUCCAGCAAGCCGCUUCCGGAACCUCUAGAGGUGGAAAAGGGCGUGUCGCCCUUACCGGAUACCACGCAGGCGCACAGAGUCGUGAUCGCGUCCGAGGAACAGUUUAAGAUUUUCACCCUGCCCAAUUUGAAGCCUUAUUGUAAAUACAAGUUGACCGCACAUGAAGGUGCGAGAGUAAGGAGGAUGGCCUUCGCCAACUUUUCGUGUCAAUUGGACGAGGUGAAACAUUCCGAGGUAGAUUUACUUUGUUUGACAAACAUGGGUGACUGUUUAGUUCUCAGCAUUCCAGACCUUAAGAGGCAGCUAAAUGCGGCGGCUAUCAAACGAGAAGAUAUAAAUGGUAUAUCUUCGCUUGUGUUCACCAAGGACGCCCAAGCAUUGUACCUCCAUUCCUCGUCGGAACUUCAAAGGUUGUCGCUGGCGACCAGCAGCAUAACCAUGGCCAGAUGCUACCUUCCAUUGCCGGCGGGAUCCAGAGAGGACGCCACUUCUGAAACCGGUUCAACGACUAGGGAAAACGAGGUGCUAGAAACAUCCGCGGAAGUCCCUUUAGUUAAUGGGAAUGCCGAAAGUAAAGAGGGGAGUGUGGCAGAUAAGUCAGAUGACAUAAGAACAAACGGAGACGAAACUCUCCACAACGUAACGGUGUCCAGCAGCGUAGGAGACAUAACCAUAGAUAGCGUCAAGGAUCAUCUCGGUUCAGGUGAGGAUCUCACGAGAAAGCUUACCAAUAUGACAGUCACGAAAACCGUGACGACCGUUUUGACCAGUAAUACGACGCAAGACGGCGUCACCACGUCGAAUACUACGACCACCACGUCGACAGGUCAAGAGGCUAAUUAGAGCAAUCACAGUGAGUGACUUAUUACUUCGAGCCCCUCUGGCAUUGGCUGAAGACGAUUCUUAAUGUCAAAAGAGAGUCAAAAGAAAAAACGGUCAAUAAUACGCCAUAUCAACAUGAUCAGUAUUUCCUUUCUACAUAUUUUUUUUAUAACGUAUUAAUUUACGAAUUUAUAGUUUUUAGUUACAAUGUUUUUAUUAUUUUAUUAAUUAUAUAACUCGUAUAUUUAUAUUUCUAUUUCCAAAAACGAAAAAAAAAAAAAAAACAAGUAUUGUGUCGUGUACUUAGAUUAGUUUUUAAGCAAACAAAAGUCGGGACCAUUAUUCUUUUCGAAACGAAUGUUGACAAGAAAUACUGGUCAAGGUUUGAAAUCUAGAAAAUAGAUUUUAAUAAAAAUUUUAUACUUAUAUUAACGUUUUGUAUUAAUAAAUUAAUGAUCAGGGUUAUCACAAUGUCGAACAAAUUUUUUUACAGAGUAGCUUGGAUGGAGUUGGUUUCCAGUAUUUUGAGACAUGAUAUAACACGUUUUUUAUCGUACUAUAUUUUAAUAAAUAUACAUUUAAUAGAGCAAUUUUUUUAAUUUUUAUGUAUACAAAUACAUUUACUUUUGCAAAUUUUUUAUUUCUUAUUCUAUUUUAUUGAUUAUAAUGUUGACUUCUUUAAAUACGUUACUAUACUUUAAUUAUACAGGGUAAAUUAUAGUUCAAAACACCCUGAGGAGUAAGCAAAUAUUUAAUAUCAACUUAAACUAGCAAACAAAUAAAAAUGCCGUAAGGCAUCAACCAUUUUUUUGUAAGUGUAGUAAAAGAACAACUUUGUUUUUAGAAAAAUCGAUUAUUUUCGAUUUUGUUUUCAAAGAUAAUUAUUGGAUUUUGAUUAAUCGAAUAAUUGAAAUAAUCUACUGACCAAUUAAUCAAAUAAUCGAUUUGAAAGGAAAUUAAAAAAAAAUUAGAUUUUUUCAAUCUAAUAAAAAAUGUGUUGUGGGCAACAAAUUUCUUUGAAAAUUAUGCUAAAAAAUAAGUUGUUUUUUUUUUGUAAUUUAUAAACGAAACAUUUAACUUGCUUUUAAAAUAAAAAAAAUAUAAUGUAAAAUGUUGAAACAAUAUAUUUUAAUUAGCUUUUUUAUUCUUUGUUGUUAGAACCAAUAAAAGAAAGCGAUUUUUGUGACACUGUUCCUUUUUUGUAAUACACAUGAUGUCUUAAACAAAAUGUUCACAGUUCGCUUGGUUUUAGAAGUACAAGGGGAUUUGAUUUUUUUUUACACUCGAGGGACCCUCUGGAAAAUAAUCCAUUAUCGAUUAUUUGAAAAUAAUUGAUUAUUUAAUUUGAUAAUCGUCUAAUCUUAGUCUCUACAGCAACAACGCCUAUAAUAAGAUAUUAACGAAUUUUAAUUACUAAGAAGUCUCAAAAUACUGUGAAUCAAUUCGAAAGGCCAAUUUUUGCGUUGCUAUAAAGUUAUAUAUUAAAUCUUUGGCCACAGUUAAGUAAUAAUUGUUAUUUAAAAGAGUUGAAACGUCUGAAUGAUUUUAUGUUUAUAAUUUGUUAUUUACUUUAUGCAUAAUUUUAAGCGACUGUGGUGAAAGAUGAAGCAGCUUUCUUUUUUCAAAACAAAAAAAAAUGGUGGAGGUUUUUGAGUGACUGUGAGCAUGAAGUUCUUUUUUGAAACUUUAAUAUACAGAAUGCCAUAUUUUCAUGUAAAUUAAUUUUAAGACAAUGAAAACACUUUUUAACUAUUUUUUAUAUUUACGUCUUUUAUAGUGGUCAUUUUUAUUGUUCUAAAAAUACGAAUCGUCUGAUUAUAGACAUUAUAAAUAUUGCGCCGCUGUAUAUUGGAGAGUCAUAUUUUUCUAUUAACAAAAAUAAAUGAACUUAUGGCCUUAAAAUUUUAUUAGUGUUUUGUAUUAUUCUUAUUGUAUUCACGUUUUAUUAAAAUUUUAUUGAUGGUCACGUGACAGAACAUCACUACAGUGAAUAAAUUUUUUUAUUACAA